AUGACCUUCGCCGGCCGACCUAUUCGCAUUGCAGGCGCGUCAGGAUCUACAUCCGAUCGACGCCAUGCUAUCGCUGAAUUUGCGAGUUAUUAUCCAACAGACCCAGUGGAUGUUAUUAUCGGCGAUUUCAUGAGUGAGGCUAAUAUGUCCAGCGCUGCUAGUCGGCGGGUUGAUCACAUUGGCAUUGACGCAACGAUGCCGGCAUACGAUCCAAACUUUCUCGAGGCACUGGAAACUGCGCUGGAUGAUUUGGCGAAGUAUGGUAUCAAGUUGGUUGUCAAUGCUGGAGUCGCAGAUACAAGGGGUCUUUAUGAGGUAGUCAAAGAUGUGAUUCGGUCGAAAGGACUGGAAUUGAAGGUGGCUUGGAUAUCUGGCGAUGAAGUCUUGCCAAUUAUUCAGAAAGCGCUUACUGAUGGCCAGUCUGAGUUCCGUAACAUCUACACAAACGAGCGACUCACUGAUUGGGCCUUUGAACCAAUAUACGCACAGGGCUAUCUUGGUGGACUGGGAAUCGCAGCUGCACUCGCCGAAGGAGCAGACAUUGUUCUGUGUGGGCGUGUAUCAGAUGCUUCGCUCGUCAUAGGUGCCGUGUGCUGGUUUCACGGAUGGCAAAGCGAUGACCUGGACAAGCUGGCUAAUGCUCUUGUCGCCGGCCAUCUGAUUGAAUGCAGUAACUAUGUAUGCGGUGGCAACUUCACAGGCUUCAAAUCUCUGGAAAACAGUGGUGACGGAUGGUCCAACAUUGGGUACCCGAUCGCAGAGAUCUCUGCCGAAGGCGAUGUUGUGAUCACCAAGCAGGCGCACUCGAGAGGAGGCACGGUAAGUGUUGAGACCUGCACCUCCCAGCUGCUCUACGAGAUUCAGGGGCCCUGGUAUUUCAACUCAGAUGUGACUGCUAUCAUAGAUGGCAUCCAAUUUGAGCAGCGUGGCAUCAACAGAGUCGCGAUGCACGGAGUUCGAUCAGGCCCACCCCCACCAACCACGAAAGUCGGCAUCACAGCACGAGGUGGAUUUCAGGCGGAGGCGUGGUGGUUCUUGACAGGACUGGAUGUUGAAGCCAAAGCUCGAAUGCUGGAGACGCAGAUCCGUCAUCUGCUUGCGCCGUAUUCGAACAGAUUCACUUCUUUCAAAUUUGAUCUACUCGGGUCCAGCCAACCGGAUGCAAAGAACCAAAAUCAAGCCACUGUACCUCUGAGAAUCGUCGCUCAGGCUCAACGAGUAGAGGACCUUGGGCCGGCACGAUUCAUCAAGCCCAUCACCGACAAUGUCAUGCAGGGAUACCCCGGUGCCACCUUCAACCUGGAUCUACGCCAAGGCUUUCCUCGGCCUGUGUUUGAGUACUACGUGACGUUGCUCUCACAGACCGCCCUUCAACAUCGUGUCCACAUACCCUGGAAGCCCACUGUGGAGGCACAGGUUCUGAAUAUUCAGCCCCCAACACUAACAAAGACUUACCCAUCCCGGCAGCCUUCGCUGGCCACAACGCUGACAGAUCGUCCAGUAGAUCUCACACGAGAAUUUGGUCCUACUACUGGCGGUCCAAUGGGAUGGGUUGUACACGCUAGGUCUGGAGACAAGGGCUCGGAUGCGAACUGCGGCUUUUGGGUUCGUCACCGCGACGAGUAUCUCUGGCUUCGAGCGUUGCUAUCUGUAGAUACGGUACGGCAGCUUCUUGGAGAUAUGGCACUGGCUCAGCUUUCGAUUGAGCGAUUUGAACUUCCCGGUCUGCAGGCUGUUCAUUUCUUGUUCCGAAAUAUUCUGGAUCGGGGUGUUGGUGUCACGACGACUGUUGAUUUCCUGGGUAAGAAUGUCGCGGAGUACCUGCGUGCAAGGCAUGUUGACAUUCCAGUCCGAUUUUUGAACCGAGGAAAGUUGUGA